CCCUGGUUUAACCAAUCGUUUAACCUACCGUGUCGAAUGACCGCGUGUGAUAAGACGAUUACGUAUUUGCAUAUAAAAUUAAUACCUGUUAAUGUGUUCUAAAAUUUGUGUAUGCAAUUAUUAGUUAAUUAAUCCAAACUACAUACUUUUAAAGAAAAAUGGGUAAAGGACGGAAAAAUAAGCCGAAAAAGAACUUUGCUGAAAAACGUCGUGAGAAACUAAAAAAAAAGGAUGAAUGGGAUAUUACUCCACAUAGAAGCUAUGCUGAUAUUAUCAGGGAGAACCAAGAUUUUGAAAAUUAUUAUAAGACACAAGGAAUAAUUCCAGGAGACAAAUGGGACGCGUUUAUCAACACUAUGAAGACCAAUCUGCCAGUUGCUUUUCGUAUUACUGGUUCAAAAGCUGAAGCUAAAGCCUUAUUGGAGAUAAUUAAAAGUGAUUUUUUUAAAGAAAUCUUAAAUGCAAAUAUGAAUGGCGAUAAGGAAGAUUUUAACAGUGAAGUAAAGACUAUAUUACAUAGUUUACCCUUUUAUCCGGAAGAAUUGGCAUGGCAAUUGCAAUUAACUAGAAAAGAUAUUAGACGAUCUGAAGCAUAUUUUAGACUGCAUAAUUUUCUUAUUGCUGAAACUAACAAUGGUAGUAUCAGCAGACAGGAAGUAGUUAGUAUGGUUCCUCCUUUAGUGUUGGAUGUCAAGCCUUCGCACAAGGUUCUUGAUAUGUGUGCAGCACCAGGAUCCAAAACAGCGCAACUUAUAGAAAUGAUACAUGCAGAUGAAGGAAAUAUUCCUCCAGAAGGUUUUGUAAUAGCCAAUGAUCUUGACAAUAAUCGCUGCUACAUGUUGGUGCAUCAAGCUAAAAGACUAAACAGUCCAAACAUCCUUAUUACAAAUCAUGAUUCAUCUGUUAUGCCUAAUUUUAUAAUUACUAAUCCAGAUGGUACAAAAGAUACAUUAAAAUUUGAUAGGAUACUUGCAGAUGUUCCAUGUAGUGGUGAUGGUACUAUGAGAAAAAAUCCGGAUAUAUGGUGUAAAUGGAGUCCUGCUAAUGGCAAUAAUCUCCAUGGAAUUCAAUAUAGAAUAGCAAAACGUGGUUUAGAAUUAUUAAUAGUUGGAGGAAGAAUGGUAUAUUCUACAUGUUCAUUAAAUCCAAUAGAAAAUGAAGCAGUGCUUCACAGGCUUCUUUGUGAAACUGGAGACUCAGUACAGUUAAUUGAUUGUAGAGACUUGGUACCAGGAUUGUUAUGUGACCCUGGUGUUACACACUGGAAACCAGCAUCUAAAAAUUUACAAUAUUAUAAUACUUGGGACGAUGUUCCAGAACAAUGGCAGACUCAAGUACGACCAAAAAUGUUUCCUCCACAAGUGGACGAAGCUUCCAAAUUUCAUCUUGAGCGUUGUAUGAGAAUAUUACCACAUCAUCAAGAUACUGGAGGUUUUUUCGUGGCUGUAUUGGAGAAAGUAAAAUCUCUACCAUGGGAAAAUGAAGUCGAUAUUAAAUCAGAUAUUAAACCAGAAUAUAUAUUAAACCAGAAUGUGCAGAAUUUAAGUGAUAAUGCAAACAAAGAUGAACUCAUUCCAAAAGAAGAAACUUCACGAAAUGAGCUUUCAGAAAAUGGAAAAAGAAUAUUAGAAGAAGAAAAGAAAUCACGAGAUCUACAAAGAAAACGAAGAAGGAUUGUUGGUUACAGAGAAGAUCCAUUUGUUUUCUUCAAGGAUGAGACAGAAGAUGUAUGGCAAUCUAUUAAAGAUUUUUAUGGUAUAUCUGAUGAUUUGGAUCCGCGAUGUCUGUUAGUAAGAUGUCAUGAAGGAAAAAAGAAAAAUAUUUACUUUACAUCACCUGCAAUUCGUGACAUAGUGAUAUCUAAUGAAAAUAAAGUCAAAAUGAUUAAUACUGGCGUUAAAACUUUUGUGCGAUGUGACAAUAAAAAUAUGAAUUGCGCCUUUAGACUUGCUCAAGAAGGAAUGCAGAGUAUCAUUCAUUAUAUAAGUGAUAACAGAAAGCUUAAAAUUUCGAAAGAAGAUUUAAUAAUGCUUUUACAAAGUGAUAAUCCACAUACACCACCUGAAAUUGUAAAAUUAAGUCCAGAUACUCAAGAACGUCUCAAAGACUUCACAACUGGAAGUUGUAUACUGUUAUACAAAGAAGAGAAAACUGACAAUAUAAAUCAGCUAAAUCUUCAACUGGUUGGAUGGAGAGGAAUAAUGUCUCUCAGAGCAUACGUGCCUACUUGCGACGCGAUUCACUAUUUACGGCUUUUAGGAGCAGAUUGUUCUAAAUUUGAGAAAAACAAAUUCGAGGAAAAUCGCGCAGCUGCAUUAGUCGAAGACGCUAAUAACGAUAUUGGAACUGAAGAUUAAUAAAAAAAAUUGUAACGAGGAAUGGUAAUAAUAUAGAAGAAAGAUAUAGAAGAAAAUCGAUGACGCAGAAAUGUCAGCCAGAACCGUUCAUUACGAUGUAAUUAUAACUUGUCGAUUUUUUAAAUUUCUUAUAUGUGUCCUUUUUACCAUGUGCUACAUUUAAAUGAAAUUCGAAUUGUAUUUUUUAUUCAACUUGAAUAUUACUUUACUAUUUGAUCUAGUGAUCACUGAGUGUUGAUAUUGGAAUAAUAUGAUAUGAAUAUAUUAUGAAUAAGUUAAAUAAAAAAUAUGAUUUGUAGGAUAAAAAUUUCGACAAUGUAAUGAUGAUAAAAUGAUUACUUUUACUGUCCAUUUUCUAUGAAAUAACUUUUAUGAAAUUACAUGCGAUAAGCAGCUUUCCGUUUUCUAAUUCCUAUAUAAUGCAUCUUGCCAUAAAGUACAAUACAAAUUUUUCUUAUAAAUAUGGCCGGA